AACUUAAUGCCACCUUCGCUAGCAUGGAUAUAGUUGACACAUAUGAGAUCCACAAUUCUAACGGAUUUGUCACCCAACUACAAAAUGGCACACUAAAGAAAAGAUGCACUUCCUUUCUUUCGGAACUCUGAACUGCAGAGUCUCGGAGUCCUAUGGUCCUUUUGUGCUAAUCUAGACAACUUUCCUGUACGCUUAAUGCGAUCAUGUCUUGUUCUUCGCAAUCCAUUUCUCCUUAAGAAGGCAGUAUUUCUGUUUGUUUAUUUUCAACCAUCUGUUUAAUACGUGAAAAGGCAUAACGAGGAUCAAGCAAAGUAGCUUUCAUCAGUAUGUUAUUCUGCAGCAAAUCACUCAAUCGGAAAUAUCAUCUCAAAAAUAUCAAUAUUGCCUUUUUUUGCCCAAAAAAUAUCGCGAUGAUAAUAUAUUUUAAGAGGAAAAAUAUCGACAUAUCGAUAUUUUGAUAUUUUUCUGACAUCCCUAUCACGGACCAGCAGAGCAACGGACUGCAGAGAAACUUAUUUGAAUUAGAGCGCGGCUAUUCAAUCAACAACUGCCAAAAGAGGGAAAAUCACAUUUGGAGAAUCGACGACGCAAAUCAGAAACAAUGAAGAACCUUCGUUAUGCGUGUAAGAAAAUUAUGAGCACUAAAACCUCGACAGAUGUCACGCAAGUUGUCUGCGACCCACCCCGCAAAGUGGUCUGUUUUGGCAAUGUGCUUCUAGAUCGCGUCGUUAAGUUGGACGAUCCCAAAGUGUUUGAGAGUUACCAGCUAAAACUGGGCUCCAAGGGCGAAUUGGAUCUGGAGAUCACAAUUAAAAUCGCCCCAGAGGCUGCCAACGGCUCCAGCUGCCUCUCCAAUCCCGGUGGAUCGGCCUUGAACACUGUGCGCAUACUCAAGCUCUUGGGCACAGAGGCUCAGUUCUUUGGCGCUAUUGGUGAUGACAAAACAGGGGAGCAUCUGCGUUCCAUUAUUGCCGAGCGACAGAUCGAUGCGCGUCUGCAGGUUAUUGAGGAUAUGCACACGGGACAGUCUCUUUGCCUUAUGCGCAACGACAAUCCCACAUUGUAUACCAAUAUUGGCGCUUCUGCGAAGUUCUCGGUGCAUCAGCUGAAGCAUGCCGCACUUCAUAGUCAUGAAACUUUUCUGCGUCCCAUCGAACGCAAACAGAUCCUCUACAUCGAGGGAUUCUUUGUCCCACAUCGAGCUGAGGUUAUCGAGUAUAUACUGCGUGAUCUGGUGCGGGACCGUCGUCAUCUGGCUGUGAAUCUCAGUGCACCCUACAUAGUGCGGGAACAUUCGGAGGAGAUGCUUAACUUGGUCAAGCGUGCGCUCUUUGUGUUUGGCAAUCGACAGGAGUUCGAGGAGCUGGCCACCGCAGCUGGUUGCAAAAGCGUUGAUGAGUUGGGAGAACAACUGCUGCAGGCGGGCAAUCCAAAGAUCAUACUCGUAACCAAUGGAGCGAAGGGCGUGCAGUUGAUCACCAACUAUGUGGCGGAGAAGUCUCCAGCAGGUCAAGGUGUCUUCGAAGAGUACCAAGGACAGCGUGUGGAUAAGGUGGUGGAUGCCACCGGAGCAGGAGAUACGUUUGUCGCUGGCUUUCUGCAUGCCUGGCUGGAGAAACGUUCGCUGAGCGAAUGUGUGCGUAAGGCCACCGAUGUGGCUGCCAAGGUGGUCACCCAGGUGGGCUGUAAUCUACCAUAGAUGCCUUAAUUCGGGGGAUAUUGAAUUCGCCCCUUGUAUAUGCCACGUUGUUGCCUUAGCUUUCUAUUUUAGUGUGCAGGCCGAACCAAAAAAUACAAAAACCACACUAUGCGGGUGUGACGAAUCGAAUCCCAGUGA